CUACCGGUUCAAAGGCUCUCAACGUGGCCGCGGAUGUUUUCCAGCGUGUGGCGUGAAGAGCGGAGACAGUUUAGUGACUUAGCGGUGAACGACGUGUUCUGGUCUCUGUGAGUCCCGGUGAAGUCAAAGAGUCGCUCGUCGUCCUCCGGUGUGUCUGACCGGGAGGUCGCUGGUUUUGCUACCAAACCGCGGGUUUAACGGACGUGUUCUGCUGCCGCCGGACCCGCUUCAACCCGCCUCCUGUUUGUGUUGUUCUCAAUAGUCACAAUGGGUGAGUUCAAGGUGCACCGAGUUCGGUUCUUCGACUACAUGCCCACCGCUAUCCGAGCCAUGGCGUUUAACAGCCGCACGGAGCGGCUCGCCGUGGCCCGGACUGGUGGAGCUCUGGAGAUCUUCAACUUCGCUGACAACUACUUCCAAGAAAAGGUCAUCCCAGGACAGGACGGCAGGGCUGUGGAGGCUCUGUGUUGGGUGGGCCGACGUCUGUUCAGUGCCGGAUUGAAUGGAGAGAUCACAGAGUAUGACCUGGAGAACCUGAGGCCCAGGUACACGGUGGAGUCCUAUGGAGGACCGAUCUGGACCAUCAGUGGCAAGGGAACACUGCUAGCGGUCGGCUGUGAGGACGGGACAGUGAAGAUGUUUGAAAUUCUGGAGGAGAGGAUUCAGUUUCAAAGAAACCUCGACAGGCAGAAAGGUCGCAUCAUAUCUCUCUCCUGGCAUCCCUCUGGUACACUGAUUGCUGCCGGCAUGAUGGACAUGAUCAGAAUCUUUGAUGCUGAGACGGGCCGCGCCACACACAGGCUGCUGGUGGAGAGAGGUGUCGGAGCCUCCAAGAGCAAAGAGGUGGUGGUUUGGAGCGUUGUCUUCCUGUCCGACCACACCAUCAUCAGCAGUGACUCGGCAGGAAAGGUCCAGAUCUGGGAUGGACUCACAGGAACUCUGGUCAGAACUCACCUGGUCACCAAGUGGGACGUCCUGGCUCUGUCUGUUUCUCAGGAUGAGAGCAGUCUGAUAGCCGGGACGUCAGAGGGCACGGUCAUCCAGUUUCAGUUCAUCUCCUCCACUGUGGACCGGCACGAUAAAGAUUGGGUCCGAACCAGGACCUUUAAAAACCACUCUCAUGAUGUGAGGGCGCUGGUCCAUACCGACACUGCUGUGGUGUCUGGAGGUAUGGACACCCAGCUGGUGGUGCGCCCCCUGUUGGACAAGGUGGAGAAGAACACCCGCGAGUCAGCAAUGCGCAAAGUGGCUUUCCCACAUAGAAGCCUGGUGUGUUGUGCAAAGAAAGCAGGACUGCUGCUCUUCCAGUUCGCUGGUCAUUUGGAGCUGUGGAGACUCGGGGAGAGCGAUGGACAUGGGAAGCCUGGUGACAGUCUUCCUGUGAAGAGAAAACCAGAGAAGCUGAUCCAGCUGAAGAGGAAGGUGUGUGUGUGCUGAUCUCUGUCUGUGUGGCUCAGUGGAAGCUGAGCUCUGCUUCACCAUGUUACACGUCUAUUCAGGCCCUUAUUUUCACCAGUAGAAAGAAAAGAAACCAUUUUUAUUGUCAUAUACAUAUA